AUGAGCGCAUCGCCUUCCUCCCCGUCCACGGCUGCCGCCUCCGCCAGCCCGCAGGACACCGUCGAAGUCCUUCUCUGUGACAGCUGUCGUUGCCCUAUUGGUUCGCUGUGGGAUGUGCUGCCGGCAGAGGAGGCGGUUCCGGUGUGGAGGGAUCAGGUGUACAGCUACGAGCUGGACCUUUUUGCCAAUGGAUCGCCGCCGAUACAGGCGUACAGCGCCACGAACCCGAGCGCGCGGCGGUUUGAUCUGCUGCGCUUGGCUCCGUACGUGACACUGCAUCGGGUCUCAACGCCUCGUGGCGAAGCUCCACCACCCGGUGCCGAUGCUUCUCGCUCGUGUAACGCCGGUGCUUCGACUACUGCCGCCUCGGCCCUCGAUGCACAGGAGUGUGAAGGAUCAGUGCAGGUCGAGGAGGUCUCCACAGCGCAUGCGCCACCGGCGGAUGCGACAGGGACGCGCGGUGCCGCCUCCACCACGCUUCACGCGCCGUCUUUUGUGGAGUGCCACACGACCGUCUACUCCACCGAACACUCCUUCUUCGCCGGCUAUGCGUGGUGCUUCUGCAACUGCAGCAACUGUGGUGCCUUCCUGGGGUGGGGGUUUGCGGCGGUGGAUCGCCUGCGCGCCGCACGACGCCUUCAUCGGGGCGGCAAGAGCGGCGAAGUGUCCGAGACCGGCGAUGUCGGUCGGCCACGCAAGAAGGGGGCGCGCCAGGAGGAAGAGGUGAGAAAAACCGAGACGGACAUUGCCACAGCCGCAGCUGCGGGCGACAGCCAACCUGCCGAAUCAAGUUCCCCGCCCGCAGCGCCGAGUGCCCCUCGGGAUCAGCACCAGCAACGGCCACGUGGGGAAGGCGAAGGCUGCAGAAGCGGCGCACACGCUAGUGAUCUCGCGCCGCCAGCUGACUCCGACGAUAGCAGUGAUGAAGGCACGUCUAUGAUGACCACCAGUGACAGCAACGACGGCGACGACAGCAGCGCCAUCGGCGGCGGCGGCGGUGCUCGAGGUGGUGGGCAAGAGCAUACAAACACCGGCGUGACGCCCGACUUCAUCGGCAUCAUCAUUACCCAUUGCACCAGCGAUCCAGACUACCCGAUAGCGUCCCUCAUGCGCGAUGUCGAGUGGCGUGCCGCGCGGCAACGACGCCGCAAGCGAGUUGAAGCCCUGACACGCCGCAUCUCCCUCCUCCUCCCACAGAUGAGGGACAGCUACCGCGCGCACGAGAUUUACCACGACUACCACGCCAUGGAGCAGUUGCUUUACGCCGCACCGCUUCUCCCGCUGCAGGAUGUAUCAGAUAGCUUCACGACCGCGGUAACCGCACUCCUGUCCGAUGUGGACGAGGACGGGGUGCCGAUUCGCAUGCACGCCACGGUGGAAGCAGCACGCAUCGCCGUAGCGAGGCAGAUGGACAGCGACAACAGCAGUGGUGUAAGCGGACACAGCAGCAGCGGGCACGAGGGAAACAGUCCCUCGUAG